AUGUCUUUUGAGAAAACGCGCUCCCAUCGCCUCAAACAGCUAAAGCAAAGAAUAGAGCCCACCAAGAAAAAACCUUUUCUAAAAUACAAUAGUGAUGUGAACAAGAGAGUUCAAUGGACAGAAUCUGCAAAAUGGCAUUCGUCGGCCAGCUUGUUGAAGCGCGAGCAGAAGGACCACAACUUGGGCAGAAAGAGGAACCAGAGCACGGCAGACAUCGCAGAUGUAAAGUACUCGCCCUCAGAUAUGCUCAGGCUCUUCCUGCGUAAAAAACAAGAAGGAACAAAUCGAAUAGCAUCUGGCUCGAUGUCCGUCCCGACCUCCAAAUUCAGCCUGCGCUGGUACGGCUCCCACAAGGCGCUAGAAAACGAGCGCUCGCGGCAAAAGUCGUACGGCGUCUUCAUCAUCCACCCGUACUCCAAUUUCAGAUUUUAUUGGGACCUGAUAUCGCUGGCGUUUCUAAUCGUGACAAUGAUCGUCAUCCCCGUCGGAAUCACCUUCUUCAACGAGGACAUGACCACCAUUCCCGGAUGGAUGCUGUUCAACUUGUCGCUUGACAGGGCCACGUCGAUACAGAUUUAA